UACUUGUUCCCCUAUAUCGUCUGUGAAUAUCAGACCCACCAACGCUACGUCACCAGCCACGGACUGAAUUGGCCGUUCAAUCGCUCAGGCAAACCGUAGGUUCAAGUUCAAAUUCGCAGAAUACCGCUCAGAAUGGCGACCAAGCAGCUCUCCUGGUACGAACUCAAGAAUCUCAAGGCCGACAUCCACCAACUCCAAAGCGAUGUCGACAAUUACCACAGACAGCUCAAGGAGGCCAAGGUCGACCUCUCACGCCUCAAGCCGGGCGACGAGAAGUACGAUGAAACUGAAGACAGACGUGUGAAGCUCGAAGCAGGCAUUGCCAUGUUCAGUGAAGAACUCGAAACCCUCCGCGCCCAACUCCCUGAGGAGAAACCGAAAGAGCCCGUCGCCGUCGUACCCAAAAAACCCAAGAUCGAACUCAAGCAAGGCGACUGGGUCCUUGCACACCGGAACAAAGAUGACCAGCGCCUGACGGCCGCAAAGGUCAUCGCCAUCCUCGGCGUCGGCGAAAACAAAAUGUUCCAGGUUCGCUUCAAGGACAAAUUCCUCACACAGAUCCGCGCAGACGAGUGCCGCCCGGCCACCCGCAUCAACGAGGAAAACGAGAUCAAGAAACGCAAAGCUGAAGAGGAAGCCGCACGUCCCAAGAAUCCUAAUGUUAUCAUCGCCGAGGCACAGCUGAAGCGUGAACCCUCGCUCGCCUCCGCAGGCCCGGAUCGCCCCGCCAAGAUCCCGCGCAAGCUGGGAUCAGAGAAGAAGCUAGAGAAGUCGCGUGGCAACUGGAACGACUUCAUGUCGAAGCAGAAGAAGUCAAAAGAGUCGAUGUUCCGCACCGGCGAGGGCGUCAAUGCGCGCGUUGGCUUCGUGGGCUCUGGUCGCCCAAUGACCAAGGACGUUGCGCGAAAGCGCCACGUACACGAGGAAAUUGAGGAGGACUAGACAGUGGGGGUUGCGCCGGUGUUCUGGGCGAAGCGGAUUUUAAACUUGUACUCAUUUUGGGCUUCAAUAGAAGCCAGCGGCAUCUGGCGGCGUAUAUGGUUAUGGUAGCUGAUACCCCAUCAAAAAUGAUACGCAUCGUGUGGGUGGGCCGCUGCGGCCUAAGUCCCACACCACAACAUACCUGAUGU